UUUAGACCUUCUUCUCUUCCUCCGGUGUCGACAGAAGGAAGAGAGAGGGGCUAGGUUUUUCCUUUUAGCCAGCCGUCACCAUAAUGACAUAGGAUCCACUUAUGCUAGUGUUUUUAUGAUUAUCGCAGGGUACAGUAAUAACUGAAUAAGGUUGGUGAUGGAUGCUCAGCUUCUAUGCAUUAACCGGAGCAACUUUUUUGUUAAAUCAUUGCAGAGUCAUCGGUUUCAAUUGGUUCGAGCCAGCAAAAAUCUGAAGCAUUCAUCUUAUUGUGUUCUUGCAGGACGGAAUCUUAACAAUAUAAGGUGCUCAAUGAAGUCAUAUAGGUUAUCGGAGCUUACUCAUGCUGAGGUGGAAAGCCUCAAGGCUCGUCCUCGCAUAGACUUUUCUUCCAUUUUUGGCACAGUCCAGCCCAUAAUCGAUGAUGUCAGAAAUAGAGGCGAUGCUGCAGUUAAACAAUUCACUGAAAGGUUUGACAAAGUUCAACUGAAUCAGAUUGUUGAAAAUGUCUCUGACCUUCCUGAUCCAGAGCUUGAUGCAACAAUUAAAGAAGCAUUUGAUGUUGCAUAUCAGAACAUAUAUGCAUUUCAUCUUGCUCAAAAGUCGACUGAAAAAACUGUUGAAAAUAUGAAAGGUGUUAUAUGCAAAAGGGUGGCAAGGAGCAUUGGUUCUGUUGGUCUUUAUGUACCGGGAGGAACUGCUGUUUUACCUUCAACAGCUCUAAUGCUUUCUAUUCCCGCACAAAUUGCUGGAUGUCAAACUGUAGUUCUUGCAACUCCACCAAGCAAGGAUGGCAGUAUCUGUAAGGAGGUGCUAUACUGUGCAAAGAAGGCUGGUGUUACUCAUAUCCUUAAAGCUGGAGGAGCUCAGGCUAUAGCUGCUAUGGCUUGGGGGACACAAUCCUGUCCCAAGGUUGAGAAAAUAUUUGGGCCUGGAAAUCAAUAUGUCACAGCUGCAAAAAUGAUUCUUCAAAAUAGCGAAGCAAUGAUUUCCAUUGACAUGCCUGCUGGUCCUUCAGAAGUCUUGGUCAUUGCUGACAAACAUGCCAGUCCUGUUCAUAUAGCAGCAGAUUUGCUUUCUCAGGCAGAGCAUGGCCCUGAUAGUCAGGUUGUUCUUGUUCUUGUGGGGGAUGGAGUGGAUCUAAAAGCUAUUGAGGAGGAAAUCAGUAAACAGUGCCAGAGCCUUCCAAGGGGAGAGUUUGCUUCAAAGGCUCUCAGCAAUAGUUUCAUUGUGCUUGCUCAUGAUAUGAUAGAGGCAGUCUCGUUUUCAAAUUUAUAUGCACCUGAGCAUUUGAUUGUUAAUGUAAAAGAUGCAGAGAAAUGGGAGGCUUUCAUCAAUAAUGCAGGUUCCGUGUUUUUAGGGCAGUGGACACCAGAGAGCGUGGGAGAUUAUGCCAGCGGGACAAAUCAUGUCCUUCCAACCUAUGGAUAUGCUCGGAUGUAUGGUGGGGUGUCACUGGACUCUUUCGUGAAAUACAUGACGGUACAAUCUUUGACUGCAGAAGGUCUGCAGAAGCUCGGGCCAUACGUGGCAACAAUGGCAGAAGUCGAGGGACUGGAAGCGCACAAGAGAGCAGUGACUCUUAGGCUUCAAGACAUUGAAGCCAAGCAUGUUAGCAAUAUGAGAUGAAUUAGAUUGUUGAUGCAGCCUUGAUAUGCCAUGUAUUUGUUGUACUUGAUAUUGACCUUCUGGUUUUGGUCUGGUAAGAGGAACUUGAACUGGUGAAAAUGGUAGCUACCCAUCAGGAGAUUAAAGUUCCAAAUUCCAUAAAUUUUCAUAAUGAUUUUUUUUUAAGCUGCAACCUGUUGAAAGUCUUAGUUUAUUUUGCAUUUUCCCAAACUGGUUGUAUUAUAACUUCCUAAUUUAUGUGGGUACAUAAAGCUGGAAACUGUUAUUUGAA